AUGCCACACAGCCAGGUCUCACGACCUCGUUGCAAGUCGGUUAACCAACUGCUGAAAAUAGCAGACAAAUUUGUCCAACAGGACGGGCCAAAUCAGGACAUGGAGACGUUGCUACAGGAGGGUAUAGAUACGCUAGUGAAUUACCAGGAAGAGUGCAAAAAGCUGCGAAAAUGGGGAGCCCAUCCCUCGGCGCUCGACCCUCGCGUUGCCGAAUCAUACGAAGCGGCCUACGUCUACUACAAAAUUGUAUCGCAACUUGUGCUCAACAAGAUCCCAGAGCUCCCGCUAUUCGUACAGGCCAAAAAUAGUCCCAAGACAGAGCGCGAGAAGGGUUUAAUAGAAGUGUACAACAUGUUGGUCAAGACCCUGCUCACUGACGAGAAAUUUGCUGAAAUCCGGAGGUUUAUAAAGGACAACUCCGCCAGAUCUGAGGCGGUCGGCAGUACGAAGCAAGCAUCAAACCGGCAGCACGCCCUUCCAAGCACUCCACCUACGUGGACAAAUGGCCAGGAAGUGUCGCCUCAAGAGCUUGCCUCCCUGCUGAAGGCGCAUAAAGUGCUGCUGUUAGACCUGCGACCCCGCAUCAAAUUUCUCGAAUCUCACAUAAAAUGCGAUACCAUCAUGUGUAUCGAACCAAUCUCCUUCAAGGAUAGCUAUUCUGAUAAUGAGAUCACGAAGAGAUCUUUGAUCACAUCGCCCCAGGAGGAAGUUUCAUUUUUUAGGAGACGGAACACUUUCGACUUCAUCGUUAUCUACACAGACCAACAGGAUCGAAACCAAUUUUGCCAACAGAAGCAAAACAGCCUUGUUGAUAUUCUGCUCACAAAGUCCUUCGAGAUACCGUUGGAAAAAACGACUGUGCUCACGCUGCAAGGAGGAUUUCAAAGUUGGUGCCGUUAUAAUGGCCCUUGUGAAAGUAGCAGCUCUAGCAUUAAUGGUGGGCUUGCGGCAGAUUAUUCGAUACCUCCACUACUUCCUCGGACGACCACAUUGCCAAAGCCCAUUCCUUCCACAAAUUACUCAUCGGAUCGGGUCUCAGUUACUCACCCAAUGGGUGGCUCCUUAGAAUUCUCACCCGGCCCGCUGCUACCAUUUCCAGAACAGCGACCCCCAAAUAUAAAGCGAAGCUCCAGUUUUAGAGAAAAGCUGUCCAGCAUGUCUCCAAGCCUAUCAAGAAUUGGAAGUCCAUCCUCGAAAGUUGACCUCCAUCGCAAUGAAAGCGCCACCUAUCCAGAAACGCCACAUCUAUCCCCAUCAGCGUUGCAGAUGGAAUCAGUUUCUCAGGCCAAGAUUUUUGAAGGUGUUUCUUUGACCCCGCAGUCUCGCAGUCUCUCGCCGGCAAAAGUUAGUAACAGUCUUGCCGAUGGAAGGUUUACUGACAGUAAUAUGGCGGACAGAGUUUUUCCCAGCGCGUCAGGUAACUCGCGGGAGUCCAGCCCACGUCAAAUGUUAGGUAGUGGGAAAUUAGACCAUCAAUCAUCAAAUUUUACACCCAGCAAGAAAUUCCAGGGCUUCAGUAUUGGCUUGGUUAACCUAGGAAACUCGUGCUAUAUGAACUGUGUCAUCCAAUGUCUCUUGGGGACCUAUGAGCUCUGCCAGAUUUUCUUGGAUGAUUCUUACAAAAACCAUGUGAAUCUAAGUAGUAAACUGGGAUCUAAGGGCGUGUUAGCAAAAUACUUUUCUCAAUUAAUUCACACCAUGCAGCAAAAAGCGUUGAUCGCGUCGAAGAGUUCCAUGAAAGCAAUCACAAGCGGCGAUGAAAGGACCGCUGUUCAACCUAUUCACUUUAAAGUCGCAAGUGGCUCCAUCAAUUCUUUAUUCAAAGGUUCUUCGCAACAGGAUUGCCAAGAAUUCUGCCAGUUCUUACUAGAUGGACUACACGAGGAUUUGAAUCAAUGUGGGGGGAAUCGAUCACUCAAAGAAUUGUCAGAAGAUGCGGAAAUGAUAAGAGAAAAACUGUGCAUGAGAAUAGCUAGCUCCAUCGAAUGGGAGCGGUACCUCACCACUGAUUUUAGCGUUAUUGUGGAUCUUUUCCAAGGACAAUACGCAUCUCAGCUCAGAUGUAAAGUCUGUGGUCGCACGUCUACAACAUACCAGCCGUUCUCAGUGUUAUCAGUACCAGUACCACGAGGAUCGCACCACGAUAUUGUUGACUGUUUCAAAGAAUUCACGAAGGUUGAGACUUUGGAGAAAGACGAACAAUGGCACUGUCCCAAAUGUAAGAUAAAGCAGCCUUCUACCAAAAAGAUCACAAUAACUAGGCUUCCGAAGAAUUUGAUCAUUCAUUUGAAACGUUUUGACAAUUUGCUGAACAAGAACAAUAUCUUUAUCUCGUACCCUCACGCGCUAGACCUUACACCAUUCUGGGCCAAUGACUUUGACGGAAGACUUCCACCCGGUGUGGCAGAGCUUCCUACCAGAGGUCAAGUAGCUCCUUUUAAUUAUAACUUGUAUGCCGUUGCAUGCCACUUCGGAACUCUUUAUGGGGGUCAUUACACAGCAUACGUCAAUAAGGGACCGUCCAAUGGCUGGUCUUACUUUGACGACACCACUUGGAGGAAGGCUAAAAGCGAUACAGAGUGCAUUACGGCAAGUGCUUAUGUGCUAUUUUACCAUCGUGUCCCUAACUUGUCAAUAAAUAUCUAA